UAAAACAACCGUUCAAAUGACUACGUUCGUUCACAAACGGCAAAUCGCUUACCGGAAGCGGAUGUUCGUAGAGACUGUGCGCGGCUUCAUCGGUGGUCCGCAUCGUGUUGCAGAUCUCUAUGGGAGCAACACAGCUGAAGUUUGACCACUCGGAGGAGCUGUGAUUGCACCUGGGGACGUCGUACUUCAGUACCCGCUGUAAAGAUGUCCGACCUUCUCUUGAACAUGUCCUUCUCUGAAGACACUACUGUGCUUUCAAGAAAAGCAAAGAAAAGCGGGUUCCGUGGGAAAUCAGGGCAAUGGCGGAACGUCAAAAAUGGGAGCAAGUUCGGCAGGCGCCAAAAUAGGUGGUCCCAAGAGACGCAAAGGCCCAACCAGGAGUAUUCCCAGGGAACUCGCUACAAGAAGCCUUCACAAAGCGCACAGGCAGAAGCACUGAUCAGGAGACACAUUGAGAAUAAUCACUUCAGAAAAGGUGCCAACAAAAAUAAUACAUUCCCAAAGCAAAAGUUCACAUCGGCCGGGCGUCCGUCAUGUCACCCGUCCUCGAGCCGUCGGCCUUGUUCGGGCGCGACCAGCAAGUGCGUCGCCAUCGACUGCGAGAUGGUCGGCGCCGGCGCCAAGGGACACCUCAGCCUGCUGGCACGCUGCAGCGUGGUGUCCUACGACGGCGACGUGAUGUACGACAAGUUCAUCAAGCCCGCCAUGGCCAUCACUAACUACCGCACGCGCUGGAGCGGCAUCCGAGCCCGUGACCUUGUCAACGCUACGCCCUUCCACCAAGCCAGAAAAGAGAUACUGAAGCUUCUCGAGGGCAAGGUGGUGAUCGGCCACGCCAUCCACAACGACUUCAAAUGCCUUCAAUACUCGCACCCGGCAGCCCUGACCAGGGACACGUCCUGCAGUCCGGUGCUCAACCUGAAGGCGGGCUUCCAGGAGAAGGACAUCAUCUCCCUGAAGAGGCUCACCAAGGCCCUUUUUGACCGCGACAUCCAGAUGGGGAGGAUGGGCCACUCCUCGGUGGAGGACGCUCAAGCCACCAUGGAGCUCUACAAAGCGGUGGAGGAUGAGUGGGAGCUGAAGCUGGCCCCACGCAAGCCGUGAGCAGCAGAGGCAGCCGAUGAACACGUGCAGGUGUCAUAAUGUUACCACCGUGCGCGGCGGCCAAAUGCUUCCUUACCUGAGCGCAGGUAAACCUCGAGCAACAUCUGGCGCCAGCGUUUCCUCGCACAACCUGGGGGAAGAAAAAGGACUUGAUUUAGGUCAAAAGUUUAAUGAACAGCUCUCGAUGCUUCCGCUUGUUUAUUUGCACCCGUCUUGUAUGCGUUUUUAAUGUUCUCACUCGUGUGGGGGAAAAACAGUUGUUAGGAACUGUUGAGGCUGCGAUAAUUAACAAUCUAAAAAUAAUGAGAAUUGUAAUUGGAAUAAAAAAAAACGGAAUGUUAUUAAAAACUGAAUGCAGUGUUCCCUCGUCA